GUGACGACAGCGCCGGCGACGGCAAGAUGGCGGCGCCCAGCUUGCUGCGCGGGGGGUUGAAACGGUUGUUCACCGGGCUAUUCGGAAACGGUUGGGUUUCGCCGCCGGCCCGAGCCCUCCGGGAGGUCGUGGAGGUGACUGAAGGCAACACGACCACAAUUGAAGGGAGAAUUAUAGAGGAUGCUGAAACACCAACUCCUCCAAACCCCUCUGGCCAGUGUCCCAUCUGUCGCUGGAAUCUGAAGCAUAAGUAUGAUUAUGUGGAUGUCUUGCUGCUGAGUCAGUUUAUCCGUUCUGAUGGAGGGAUGCUGCCACGAAGGAUCACAGGCCUCUGUUUGGAGGAGCACAAGAAGAUUGCUGUCUGUGUGCAGAUGGCUCACCGUGCAGGUUUGUUGCCAAAUCACAGGCCUCAACUUCCUGAAGGGCAUAUUCCCAAGAAACCCAAGCUCAACAGGUAUCUGACCCGCUGGUCCGUCAAAUCUGCAAGGCCCAUCUGGAGUAGGGGCCCUAAGUGGUGCAAAAAACCCAUGCCAGUCGGACACCCUUUGCUGAAGGAUAAUGUCAAAUAUACACAGAAGCCUCUCUCUUUAAACCACUAAUGGUCAGAACUGGCAUAGUAAGCACAGCCAGUUUCCACUGUUCUGCCUUUUUUGCAAGUUUGUCAGUAUCUCAAAUUUUCUUGUUCGAAAACUCUCAUUAGUACUCUAUGUUGUCUCCAGUGAAUGAGCUGUGAUCUGCUCCUCUAGGAGAAUACAAGAUUCGGCAAAGUAAAGUUCAGUGUGCAGAAUGAUUUGGAGAAACCAGGGGGCAAAGACUUUUACCUCAAAGCCAGAAAGGAGCUGAAGCCUUUUGUUUCAUUAUGGUCCAUGAUUGGGUUUUGAAAGGUUGUUUCCUUCUUUUUUCAGCAAUGAAUGGUGAUUCCCCAUUAACAUGUGUUACAACUCAGAUUUGCUGCACUUGGGCUUUUGUACAUGUGACACUGAUAGAAGAAAAAGUCUCCUGCAGCACUAUGUUUCUUUGGCAAUAACAGAAAUUGUUAAUGACUACUGAAAUUAUUUUUUUUUAAUAAUCUGUAUUAUCCAUAAUUUGCAGCAGUACACCUGUGGCAGUGGCAGACAGGCAUGUGUGCAUCUUACACAUCCCCUUAAGGAUUCCUGGCUUGUGCUUCACUCCUGGAUCUAGCAAAUACAGAAUGUUGACAUCCUUGAUGACUUGGCCUGUUUUUAUCUCUUGCAAAUACAUUUGCCACAAAUCUUCCGUGUCAGUGAUACGGCUGCUUCCUGGGAGUUUGGGGCUGAUAGGUGUGCACAUUUUUCCAUUCUGUAACUAAAAGGUGGCACCAUUUUUCUCCCUGGGCAGUACAUGUAUGCAUCUUCUACUGACCACUGCUACUUGAGAAGUGCUACUUAUAGCCUGAUAUGAAAGGCUGAUUAAAUGUAUCAGGAUCAUUA